GACUCGGCUACCAGCAUGAAAUUGGUCUGGAUAUUAAUGUCCUUGCAGCUUAUGCUGUUGGCUACAGCUUUGAGUGCACGGAGAUGUGUCUCACCAACAGCUGCACCAGAGCCCACAGAGGAUCCUGAUGAUCCCACUGAUGACCCCUGGGAUCCAACGGAUGACACAACUGAUGAUCCCUGGGACCCAACUGAUGAGCCAUCGAAUUCUACACAGACGCCUGUGGAGCCUACUGGACAAACUACAGAAGAGUCCUCGGUGCCAACGGGAGAGACUACAGAAACCACUGUAGAGCCCUGGGAUCCUACGGGAAAUUCAACAAAUCCCACUGAUCCCACAGAAGAGCCAACAGAUCCCACAGAAAAGCCAACAGAUCCCACAGAAAAUCCAACAGAUCCCACAGAAAAACCCUCUGAUCCAACAGGAAAUCCUACAGAGGAACCCUCAGAUCCCACUGGGGAAACUACAGAAGAAUCCUCUGAUCCAACAGGAAAUCCGACAGAGAAGCCCACAGAUCCCACUGGAGAAACUACAGAAGAGCCUUUGGAAUCCUCCAGUGAAGCUUCCACAGAUAAUCCCUCAGAGGAGACAUCGAAAGCCACCGAUGCGCCCUCUGAGCCAACAGUUGAACCAGAUACCACUGAGAAACCAACAGAUGAGCCCUCGGAUAACACAACUUCCGAGGCUUCGGGUACAACCUAUCCCACGCCCAGCGUAGAUGCAAACGCCUCUUGUCGGACCCACCAGGGAGUCCAGUUUCUGCCCCACCCUUACGAUUGUCACCUGUACAUCCACUGCGUUGGGGAUAUAGGAUACGUCAUGGACUGUCCCAGCGAUCUUUACUGGAAUUCGGUGAACCAGACCUGCGACAAGACCUGCGCCUAGCGAAAUAAAGUACUUAGAAUAGCAUGCUCUUAA